CGUAAGCUUUUGUACAUCUUUUAUUUAGUGCAAUAAAUGUAAUUAAAAAAAGAAACAAAUAAAUAUUUUUUAUGACAUUAUAUGUAUUGAAACUUUUUUUAUUUGGUAUCAAAUGACAACCAAAGUAUAUUAAUUGAAAUUUUUAUAAAUUAAAUAAUAAGUACAUUAUCUUGUAAAAUUUAUUUUUAACCUCACUAAGAAAAUAUGUCGUGGUACAGUGGUGGUUAAUAACGAUACACAAAUCAGCCGGAUUGAUCUAAAAAAAGAAAACUUACGUUAUUAAUAAAUACUAUGGUAUUACGAAGAAGUUGUAUUUUUUUACAAAAUAAUUAUCCAAAAGUUAAAUUCAAUACAACGUUUAACAAAAGUCGUAAUUUUGCUCGACAACAUGUUCCUAUACCAAUACUUACACCUCAGGAGGUUACUAAAAUUCUUCGUUCCAAUGAAUUUACCAAAGAAUUUGAAAGUCCAAGCCCAAUAAAAUAUUACGAUUCCAAUCAGCUUGCAUCGAAUAACCCAGUUGAAGAUACUAGAUCUGAAGCAAGAUGUAAAUUAACUAAUGGAUUUUUAUUAGGAAUAUUCGAUGGUCAUGGUGGUAAUUCAUGCUCUCAAGUAAUUUCGAAAAGACUGUUUUAUUACGUUUCUGCUUGUCUUUUAUCGCCGGAAACUCUAAAGAAAGUACUGGAAACUGAAGUGACUUCAAAACAAAUAAAAGAAAAAUUAUUAGAGUCUUUUAAUGAUAAUUUUGAAUUUGUAUCUGAAUUAGGAAAAUUAUAUUGUGAAAGUUUUUUGACUUUCGUAAGAGGUUUAUCAGAUAAACCAUUAAUAAGUUCAUCAGCAGAAGUAGCACUGCAAAAUGCAUUUAUUAGUUUAGAUCAGGAUUUAUCAAAUGAAGCUUUAAAAAAGUUAGCUAGACGUGAAGCAGCAAGAACACUAUCUGUAGCUAUGUCAGGAUGUGUUGCAGUAGUUGCUCAUGUCAAUGGGCCACAUCUUCAUGUAGCAAGUGCUGGAGAUUGUCAAGCUGUUCUUGGUAUUUAUAAUGAAAAUGAAGGAUGGACUGCCCAAGUAUUAAAUAAAAUACAUAACACUGACAAUGCAGAAGAAGUUGAACGAAUUUUAUCAGAGCAUCCACCAAGUGAAAAAAAAACUGUGAUAAAAAUGGAUAGACUUCUAGGUCAGUUAGCACCAUUGCGAGCUUUAGGAGAUUUUCGUUAUAAAUGGAGUCGAGAAAUAAUGAAAAAAAAAGUUAUUCCAUAUUUUGGAGAGUCAGCAAUACCACCUAAUUAUCAUACUCCUCCAUAUUUAACGGCUGAACCCCAAGUGACCUAUCAUCGACUAACUUAUAAUGAUAAAUUUUUAAUCAUUGCAAGUGAUGGGUUGUGGGAUUUAAUGACUCCUCCAGAAGCUGUUCGACUUGUAGGGGAACAUAUGAAAGGAAGAGUAGCACUAGCGCCUUUUAAAUUACCAGAAAAAGGCACAAAACUAUCUGAGAUAAAUAAAUUAUUGAUUGAAAGAAAAGAAGGAUUGAAAAAGCAACCGUUGGAUCAAAAUGCAGCUACACAUUUAUUGAGAAACGCACUCGGAGGAACAGAAUACGGAAUUGAUCACCACAAAUUAUCACAAUUCUUGACGUUACCUAAUGAAGUAGUUCGUAUUUUUAGAGAUGAUAUAACAAUUACUGUUGUUUAUAUGGACUCGGAUUUUUUGCAAAAUUAUCCGUCGUAAAAGAUUUUAUUUAUUGAAAAAAUUGACAUCGUUUUUAUGUGCCAUUAAUUUAAAGUUGAAGAUUGAACAAAUAAAAAAAUAAUCUUUUAAAAAUGAAC